AUGAAGCUAUGGCUUCAACAGGUUCAACAUGCUCAACAAGAAGAUAAUCGAUCCAAGGAUAACGUGGAAGGGAAAGGGGAUAGCCAUAGGAGGAGCAUUCAUCAAAGACCAACUACUCUGGAUGAACAGAAUUCAGACCUUCUUCGAGAGAUGAGGAAGGAGAUGGAUGAACUGAGGAACGCCAUCAAGCUUGAGCCGUUCGACGGACUCAGAGACCCUCAGGAUCACCUUAAUACCUUCAAGACGACGCUAGGUCUUCAACAGCCACCUAACGAGAUAUUGUGUCGUUUCUUUCCCACCACUCUCAAAGGAGCUGCAAGGGAAUGGUUCACAAAGUUGCUGACAUCAUCCGUUGACAACUUUGAGCAGUUGAGCAAUGCCUUCUUGGGUCACUUUAUAGCAGGGCAGCGUCCAAAGAGGCCGGUGGACCACUUACUCACCAUUAGACAAGGAGAGAAGAAAACCCUGAGGUCAUACAUGAAACGCUUUACUCUGGAGACUCUAGAGGUGGACGAAACUGAUGAUAAGGUGCAAUUGACGACCUUCAAAGUGGGACUGAGAUCCAGAGAUCUCGUGGCUUCACUUGCGAAGAAUCCACCAAAGACGAUGGCAGAGAUGCUCUUGAAAGCACAGAAAUACAUGAAUGCUAAAGACGUUUUAGCAGCCAUAAAGGAUGUAGAGAAGCCAGGAGACAAGGGAAAGAAGGAAGACGAGCGUAGGGGUCAAAAGUGGGAGCGCCCAGAUCGUCGAAACUAUGAUGGGAACAGAAGAAAGGAUGACAAAGGUCCUCGAACGGUAAAAUUUACUCCUCUAGUUAUGCCUGUUGACAAAAUUUUAACGCAGAUUAAGGAUGAGCACUAUCUCAAAUGGCCGAGACCAUUACACUCAUCCCCAAAUGUCCGUCAUAAGAACAAGUACUGCCAAUUCCACAAGAAUCACGGCCACAACACAGAAGAUUGUAGGGACUUAAAGGAGCAAAUAAAGGAGUUGAUAUGGAAAGGGAAAUUACAAAAGUAUGUGAAGAAGGGGGAAUAUAGUAAGUUUAGGGACGACAAUAAGAGCCAGCAUGGGUCCUUUUCUAGGAGUGAUGACUGCUCGUCCUAA